ACCUGCUUUACAAAGUUCCAUUAAAACGAACUUGCAUGCCAAAAUUAUCUAUAUGCUUCGUUCUACGUGUAUUCCCGUGCAACGGAAUAUUUUUCUAUUCAGUGACGUCAGUAAAUUCGUAUGAAUGCGCUUCUGGAAGCCAGUGAAUAAUGUGUUUUAUUUAUGAGUGGGGCAUUGUACUUGCAACUCCCAAUGGCAAGAAAGUCUGCACGAUUAUCAUUAUUUUGCGGUAAACGACGAGGGCGCCAGUCUUGCUUAUUGUCGUCGACAUUUUCGUGGCUAUUUUGGUCUCCAAAAUAUAGAUUCAUAUGUGUAUAUAUAUUGCCGAGCAUAACUCCAAUCAUCAUCACUAAUCAUUUGGAUCAAGUGGGUCGCUCUCACUUGACUUGCAACCGAGCUAAAGAUUGCGUUUGCUACCAACCUGUAAUUUUGUGUAUUGGCAACCUAGUUUAUGGAGGCUAUAAUGGAAAUGUAGUUCAUCAUGAGGGUCAGGUGCCUCUAUAUGAUUAUAUUCACCUUGUCUAUGUGUGUGUGUGUGUGUGUCUAUAAGCCUUAGAAUUCUGGUGCACCAUUAUAACUUUUAGGGUAAGGUUCCCAGGGACCAUACCUCCACAGAAAGUGCAACACGCCACAGUUGGCUAACAAGAUUGUACCCGACUAGGUGAACAGAGAGAGAAAUCAAGGAAGGUUGGUCGUGAUAGGUGACCUGACGACAAAGAUGCCCUGAAGGAAUAAUAUAGAGGAUUGUGGGAAGGCAGUGUUUGAGAUAUAUUCCGAAUGGGGUCAGAUUAGGGCACAAAAAAAGCCUAUUUUCUGAAUCCUCACGAUACUUAGGGCGUCACUUUUGUCGUGAGCGGACUUCCUGUUCCUAUUCUGUUGUGGCGCGUACGCCAUAUCCAAAACACGACUUCUUCCAUCUUUAACUCCCUCAACAGAUCCCCAGAAAUCUUCAGACAGACAAGAUGAGGGCAGUGUCAAUGAUCCUGGUGACGUUGCUUUCCAUGGGAAUGUUAUACAACCUGGUGACAUCAAGCGUCAACGGUAUCUACGACGUGAUGAGAACCACCAUCUUCACUGGGAAGGUCAUGCCAGCACAGUACAUCAAGCACAAUGUCACAGUUGAGAAGCCCUGUCAGUGUAGAAACUUUUGCCAAGUGGUCAUUAACUGCACGAGCACCACGUGGCUCAGGAUGGCGGAAAGCAACGCAUCGCGAUGCCUCAUCUCUGUGACCUACUUUGGCCAUUUGGAGCUGCAAGAACCAAGCCCAGGGAUCUCCUCUGCCACGACUUUCUACUGGUUCAAGCCUGAUUACACACGGGGCCAAUACGGAUUCUACAAGAUGCAUUGCCCGUUGGUUGGGAACUUCUCUAAAGCUCUGAACAUCUGCAAGGCUGAAGGAGGGCAGCUGGCUACUCUGGAAACCACCCCAAAGCGUGACGAUGUGAUGGUGGUUCUCCGCUAUCAGGGUAAUGGAGCGAGAUACUGGAUCGGACUCUACCGAGAGGGCCCCACAGCAAAUCCAGUGUGGAUGAAUGUCAAUGGAAACAUGUCAGUGACCUCAGGCACCAUAACUGGAAGUGGGAGUGGAAACUGUUAUUCAUUAUAUAAAAGUGGACCCUGGAUUGUCGAGAACCAUAUCUGUAACGGUCAACUGUGCUUUGUGUGCGAAAGAAACUUCUAUUAGUCCGAAGAACCACCUGUGUGAUGCUGUUACAACCUAGACCCAUGCUCCUAUUACCCAGAACCCAACUGUGAUGCUGCUAUUAACCUAGAUCCCAACUAUGAUGCUGAUUUCUACCGGAAACCAUCUGUCUCAUUGUCUUGCUCAAUAAGUCUCGACUUAAUAGUGUUGUUUUAAUUCAGAAUUGAGUGUGUUGUCCCACCCACUUAACUUAAUAAUGUUUGUUUCAGUUCAUGAUUGAAUACAGGGCUACAUUUUUUUUUUACUGUAGUUACAACAGUGUGUGUAGUUGUCUAAAGCCAACUGCAGUGUUGUGUAAAUUAUAAUAGUGUUUUCACUGUGUGAUCGUUUCACUAGAGUUUUUAACAGUCUAAGUGUGUGUUUUAUUUCCAGUUAAUUACAGAGUGGCUCUCAUCCUAGGCUAAAUAUAAUCUCUGAUCCCUAUUUCACUAUAAUUUCACUUUUAAAACGCGUGCCAUCACUCUGGUUUAUGACUAGGCCUAGUGCUGUGUGACCUCUCCUUAAACAAAUGCACAGUUUUUUUUCUAGUCAUAUAGAGUUGUCGUUACCUAGAAUUAAAUGUAUAUCAUAUUUUAAAUA